UGAUCUGUAUGCGCUUCCCGUUCUGAUGUAAAAGGGGAAAAAUUUCAGGUAGAUCAGAGGCACAGAAUUUUUGAGUUGUAUUGAGGACUUCCAGGAAGAAAGGUUGAAUUUUGAUUACUCAAGUGGUUAGAGAUGGUGCUAGUACUAGCAUUGGGUGAUUUACACAUACCACAUAGGGCGCCGGAUCUGCCAGCCAAGUUCAAGUCCAUGCUCGUUCCAGGAAAGAUCCAGCACGUCAUUUGCACGGGCAACUUAUGUACGAAAGAGGUUCAUGACUACUUGAAAACUGUUUGUCCCGACUUACACAUCACUCGUGGUGAAUAUGAUGAGGAGACGCGUUAUCCAGAGACCAAAACAUUAACAAUUGGUCAGUUUAAGCUUGGUGUAUGCCAUGGACAUCAGGUUAUUCCAUGGGGCGACUUGGACUCGUUGGCCAUGCUCCAGAGGCAGCUGGACGUCGAUAUUCUUGUGACUGGCCAUACACACCAGUUUACUGCUUACAAACAUGAAGCUGGGGUCGUUAUAAAUCCCGGGUCAGCCACUGGUGCCUUCAGCAGCAUCACCUAUGAUGUCAACCCGAGCUUUGUUCUCAUGGACAUCGAUGGUUUACGUGUUGUGGUCUAUGUUUAUGAACUCAUUGACGGAGAGGUGAAGGUCGACAAGAUUGAUUUUAAGAAGACAACAACAGCAACAGCUUAACCUACUGAUCAUGGAUGAUGUACUGGUGGAUGUGUUUAUCUUGGAUUUCGGUUUUUCCUUCUGUUUUUUGGUUGACAUUGUACAA